AUGGCGACUGCAAUUAAGCUUGACACCCUAAAGGAGUGUCUGCAGUUCCUGGAGUGGCUUCAUAAAGAUAAGAAGAAUGGUGUGAAAACCAAAGUGGCCACUCAACUGUCUAACCGUCUUACAGGCAAGUAUAACAAUGUUGAUCACCAGCAAAUUCAGCAAGCACUGUCCCAAUUCCUCACUAAUGUGUCCAAGUUUCAUAAUAAAUUAUGCAACAAGGCAAAUCAGAAACAGAUCGGCAGUAACCCUAAUGCUGUACUAGAUGCUCUUUUAGAAUGCAUUCCCAAGUUCUUAGCCGCGAUGUACUUUUUGAGGUAUAAUGUGGAUCCCGGCUUCUCAAAACUUGAUGGAGGUGGGUGGCAGAAUUACGAACCGGUUGGGACUAGUAGAAUAAUGGCCCGUCAGCUAGAGAAAUAUCUCACUGCACCAUUAGGUUCUAAAGAGUAUGGCGUAAUCCCUGGAGGAUUCAGUUACAACGAGUUGAAAGGUGGUCGGUAUGGCUACCGCCAAGGUAGUGACAUGGCAAAUCACCUUGAACAAAUUUGUGAAAAACGUGAUGGCCAGUAUUUUCGCGAUGUUUUUUCCACCUCAGUGUUGCUCCCAACAUCCGGCGCCCAGGAGUCAAAUACAGCCAACGCCCUGGCGUUGGUGAGAACGUUUUGUGGGAUUGUGGCUGAAGAGGCAAAGAAAGGUACUGGCGGCGGACAGUUGAUAUCUAAAUUAAAUGAGCAUUUCCAUGAAGACAAACGCAUUUGUUGGAAUAAUUUAAAAGAACAUUGCGCUGAGCUCCAAAAGCAAUUUAGCAAAAUUUUCACUAGUCAACGUUUUUCCUUUACUGGCUUCGGUAGGGAGGUGAAAGACCUUAAGGAAGAAGAAUUUGCAAAGGAAACUGCAAAAUGGUUGAGAGAUAAUUUGGCGACGGUGAAGACUAAUUUGGUGAAGAUUAAAAUAGAUGAAACUACAAUGAAAAAUACUGCAGACUAUUUCACCAAAAAUCUCUUCCCAUAUGGCUUUACAUUUGACAGAUAUAACUUCGGUAGUGGGAUGACUCCGCGUACAAUUCUGAAUGAUAAUUGGCGUAGUGUAAUUAAUGAGCUUCGUAAACCCAGUGAUGGUUUACACAAGCUUAAAACAAUUUUGGAAGGUCAGGAGUGUCCACCAGAAAAGAAAGAUGAUGAAAAAGAGUCUGACAAGGAAGCUGAAGGAACUUCAAACCAAGGCAAGAAAACUGAAGGAACUCCCAACCAAGGCAAGAAAUCUGAGGGAGCACAGAACCAAGGCAAGAAAUCUGAGGGAGCACAGAACCAAGGCAAGAAAAGUGAGGGAGCACAGAACCAGGGCAAGAAGACUGAGCCAUCUCCAGAUCAAAAUAAUGGUCAAAGUGAAGAAAAUCUUCCGAUGUGA